UUCCAUUUUCUAACCAAACAAGCCGUAAGGUUCACUGCUUAUUUUCACAGAAGGACAGUGUUGCCCCGAGCGCAUAAAAGGAGUAACUUGAAUCAAUGUGACAGGGGAGGCAAGCGAAGGAACCCAGGAGCAUGGCAAAUCCGUGAUUUGAACAAGUUCAAGCCCUAAUUCCAGACGCAUCCUUUUCCGUACAUCAAAAGAUCCCCUGCCUGCGCCUCUUGGCGGGGGAGCAUCACUCAGACGAUCGCAGUGAGAGCAAAUUCGGGCAUUGCAUUGCAGAGGGGCAUCGGAGAAUGGGAAAUCGACGGUUUACUCAGGUCGCCACCAGUGACGAAGAGGAAGAUACCCCGCCUCGUCCACAGCAGCAACGACAGCAACGGCAACAAUCUUCCGCUUCCGAGGAGAACCGGUCGAAGCAGCGUAAGAGGAAGAGGAUGAAGCUUCAAGAGGAAGAAGACGAGGAGGAGGAGGACGACGACAAGAAAAAGAAGAGAAAGCAAAAGGACAAGCAAGAAGGCUCGGUGAGUGUUGGCGAUGAGGAGGAACAGCCACAGGAGGAUGCCAAGCCAAUUGGCGAUCCUGUUAGGGUUUCAGGAAAAGGAAGAGGCAGGAGGAAGCAUUACGAUUCCUUCGAGUUCGACGGGAACCAAUAUACACUUGAGGAUCCUGUACUCCUUGUUCCCGAGGAUACAAACCAAAAGCCAUAUGUAGCAAUUAUUAAGGACAUUACGCAGUCCUUCAAUGGCAGUAUGAUGGUGACAGGUCAGUGGUUUUAUCGUCCUGAAGAAGCCGAAAGAAAAGGUGGUGGAAGCUGGCAAUCACGCGAUACAAGGGAGUUGUUUUACAGUUUCCACCGUGAUGAGGUUCCUGCAGAAUCUGUUAUGCACAAAUGUGUGGUUCAUUUUAUUCCCUUACACAAACAGCUCCCAAAUCGUAAACAACAUCCAGGGUUUAUUGUGCAAAAGGUGUAUGAUACAGUUGAGAGAAAACUCUGGAAGCUGACUGAUAAGGACUACGAGGAUAGUAAACAGCAAGAAAUUGAUGAUCUUGUUCAAAAAACUCUAAAGCGUAUUGUUGAUCUGCCUGACCUUGAGACUGAAGAAGCCACUGCUGAUCAGGAAGAUCAACUGAAGAGUAAAAGAAGUUUUCGGAGAAGGAACAUUUCACCUCUGGAUGUUUCAAGAGAUGAAGAGGCAACUCCGAAGAGCGAACAACACCUUAAAUCAGAAACACCAGGAAGUUGUGUAGCUAAUACUUCAGAGCAUUAUCAAAUAUUAGCAAAUUUCAAGGCACUAACGGGAGAUUCCCAUCGUGAUAAAUGGUUGGAAAGGCUGCUUCAAAACAUUCAGUAUAUGUGUAACUCAGACGGUAGUACACAGAAGGAAGACAAAGCAAAGGACAACUCUGAUGCAGUUAACCAUAGAAGCAAUAACGGUAGUUCAGUAACAACAAAUGAUUGCCAAGACAAGGAUAAGAAGAGUUCUGAGUCUUUUGUUUGGCCAGAUGCUGCUGUUCCAGCCAUAGUUGCUCUGGAAAAAGCUUCACAUGAUGCCCUUGCCUUAGAUUAUCAGAAGUAUAACCAAAAGUUGCGGCAGUUGGUGUUUAAUCUCAAGAACCAUAGACUAGCUCGCCGUCUAUUGAAUGGAGAGUUGGAACCUUCAAAGAUUCUGAACAUGUCUCCUAAUGAACUGAAGGAGGGUUUGACUGCUGAUGAAAUAGCCAAGAAGGAGCCAGAUGAAUCACAGCACAUGCAGAUGACCGAUGCCCGCUGCUCGAGAUGCAUGGAAUGUAAGGUUGGAGUGAGGGAUAUUAUCCAUGCAGGGCAUGGAGACCGUUAUCAGCUGGAGUGUAUUGCUUGUGGUAAUUCCUGGUAUGCCUCCCGAGAUGCGGUAUCUUUGCUGACUAUAGAUGGAUCGGAUACUCCCAGAAGCGUAGGCACCGCACCGUGGGCCACUGCCAAAUUUGAGAAUGUUGAGAAGAAGCUGGUGAGUCCUCGUGAAUCUGAUAAGUCGGCUAAUGACAUCUUUAAGAAAACAAGUGAAGCAUACAUGCCUGUUUUGGAAACCCAGAAGUCGUUUGGGAAAUCGAGGAAAGAUGAGAGCACAUAACCUAUGAUUAGGAAACUGUUGUAGCCUGUUUAAUUAUUGUAAUAGGGUGCUCCUGUAUAGUUCAGUUCCUGUUUGAAUGUGUACAAGUUGGUCGUUGGUUUUGCCUAUAGUUCUAACCCCACAUAGAAGUUGCCUAGUACAGUCACAUGGGCACGAUACAGUUCAUGAGGUAGGUAAGCUAUUUUGAUAUGACUUUAUUGUGAUGGAUUUAGACCAAGAUUAACACAUCCUUCUAGAUUUGGUUGUCAACUUUUACGAGUUCUAAUUCUAAUAGAAUCUUUAAUUUUAAUUUAA